CCCGAUUUGAUCAAGGAGUUAAGAGCACAUACUGAUGCUGGUGGUAUCAUUUUGCUCUUUCAAGAUGACAAAGUCAGCGGACUCCAGCUUCUUAAGGAUGGUGAAUGGAUCGAUGUGUCACCUUUGUGCCAUUCCAUCGUCAUCAGCCUUAGUGACCAGAUUGAGGCGAUCACCAACAGAAGGUACAAAAGUGUGAUGCAUAGAGUAAUUGCUCAAAUAAGUGGAACAUGCAUGUCGAUUGCAUCCUUUUACAACCCAGGGAAUGAUGUUGUGAUCUAUCCAGCUGAGAAAUUAGUGAAGGAAGAAUCAAAGGAUGAAUAA